AGUCCAUCAGGUUUCUCUCAGCAACAGUGUUGAGUACAUUUUCUGUUUCUACACAAAUCUUCAGUUUACUCUGCUCACUUCAUGCUGACUCAUCACAGUCGCAUUGGUUCCAUAGAAAUCUGCUCAUGUAGCCACAGAUCCACUGUAGAAACAUUGAGCUGCUGUGUGAAACAGUCUCACUGUGGUCACUUGAAACCUGGUUGCAGCAGGAUGAUUAUGUUACGUACAUGACAGACCAACGCGACCACGACAUGGACACAGCAGACUCUGAAAGAGCGAGAGAUGUCUUUCGCCUCCUACGGCUGUGGCAGCGCAUUUCCCACACCUCGGAUAAACGGACUUUAUCUAUUGGAAUUAAUGCCAUUGAGGCAAUUUUUCUGGAUAACCCUCACCUGCGCCAGCUACCCAUAGCUUCAGAGUUUGCCCAUAAUCUGGCCCAAGCAAAAGAGGCACUCCAAGGCACGGAGCUGGCCCAACCACCCUCAACCACGUCCCAGCAAAAGGAUGUCUCCACACUGUCGCAGCAGAUGAAUUCUUCCAUGUCACUGCAGCAGGGGGCGUUUGUUCCCUUGCCGCAGAAUCUCUUCCCCUCCACAUCCCGAUCUGACCCGCAUUCGCCUGCCUCCUUCCCGGCUGCAAUGUGGUCAGAGGAUAAAGAGCAGGUCACCAGUACCCCAUCAUCACCGACCUCCUCUGUUAUCUCUGCUCCUUCUUCCAGGAGAAAGCGGCGUCCACGCCACCGGCGCACAUCACCACGGCUGGAACCCAGUACUUCCUUUGAGCAACCAGUCGUGGUGAGUAAAAAAGACCAUUUUUGUGCUCCAUCCGAGCUGGGAAAGAAAAAGUCUAUUCAUUCUGAGGCCAUCUAUUCCAGUUCCGUGGACUUUAAAGACUGUUUGCCUUGUGCUCCUUCCAAGCACGGAUUAACAAUAACUGCUCUGCCUUGUUCUGUUACGGACAUUGAGACAAAACUUAAGGACUCUAAGCUCUCAGUUUGUGAAUCCAGACUGACCCCCAACAAAAUUAAACUGUGUGUUUCCCAGGCCUCUGAAGCUACGUUUUGUGUUCCUCAGCUGACUCAUUCUAAGACUUUGAAUGAUGUUGUUUCUGUUUGUGCAACUCGAUCUGUUCAUUUGGAGACGGAUACACUUUCUGAAAGGACUCUUAUUAUGGACAAUACGCAAACUGUCUUCUCCGUUCCUGAGUCUGGUAAGGAUAAUUGUUUUGUUGCCGAGUUUACCUUGGAUUAUGGGAGUUCUGUUUCAGCCCUGGAUUGUGUUAUGUCCCACCCAGCUAGUAAUUCCAGGGCAGACUCUGAGUUUUGUGCGAUAACUUCAAAUACUCUAGCAUCUGUGUGUGCCAAGACUGUUUUUGACAAUGCUAAACAUUUCCGCUCGGAGACUAAAACUCUUCCCGAGGCCUACCCAGCGGCUGGGCCUGUGACCUCAGCUGCCUCUGGACCACCUGAGGUUUUGCAACCAAUGCAGCCUGUUCACCCAUCAUCUGUCUCCGCUGGGAGCUCAGGAGAGUCAUCCCAGCCACCUGUCUCUGCUGGGAACUCAGCUGAGCCAUCUCAGCCAUAUGCAGCAGCCUCUGCUGGGUGCUUAGCUGAGCCAUUUCAGUCUCCUGUCUUAGUUGGAACCUCAGACGAGCUUAUCGAGCCAGCUACGGACUCCAUUUUGCUGUCUGUGCCUGAAAAGUGUCCUAAGCACACUCUGUGCACUGCACAGCCCCAGCCGCUGCAUCCUGAGCUGGCUGUGUGCCCUGAGCAGCUCCAGCUAGCUUUGUCACUACCAGAGGUCUCCGCAUCAUCUGGUUCUGCUCCACCAGAGGUUUCCACACCGGAUGGCUCUGCUCCAGUUUCCGCUGGAGGCUCAGGAGAGCCCAUCCAGCAGUUCCUUGUGUCAACUGGGGGCUCAGGAGUGUCCAUCCAGCCUUGA